UGUGCUUUCUCCAACCUCUGAACGUGGUGAGGACAGGAUAAUCCAGAGAACGAUCCACAUAGUGAUUAUUAGGUUGGCGGCAUUUGCCAAUGCUUAUCAGAGGCCCCUCUCAACAGCCGUCGGCAAGCUGCUACGUGUACGCGAUACUCAUCUGACGCCCUUUUCCGACCGCAAACACGAACAAUCUCGCCCGGACCCAUAUGUCAUAAGGAUUAAAGUCCAAAUAAGAGUCGAGCCCGUCUCUCAUCAACACAGUUCGCGUCGCUUGUUUGCCAAUCAAGUUCAAGCAAUCUUGACAGCAUAGCUGUUCGUCAGCCCCUCCACGCCACUAUUAUAGAACGCCGACAACAUCACGCCCGCUCAACUCACUCAAGAUGAAGUUCGGCAAGCACAUCCAGAAAAGGCAGCUGGAUAUCCCAGAAUAUGCCGCCAGCUUCGUUGACUACAAAGCUCUCAAGAAGUUGAUCAAGAAGCUCAGUGCAACGCCCAUUAUUCAUGCACAAGACCUCACACAUUCCGGGAGCGGCCUUGCGGACUCUCAAGCUUCUCUCCAAGCCAACAAGGCCACCUUCUUCUUCCGCCUGGAACGUGAGCUUGAGAAAGUCAACAUCUUCUAUCUGCAGAAAGAGGCCGAGCUCAAGUUACGGUUGAAGACGUUGGCAGACAGAAAGAAGUCAUUACAGGCACGCGGUCUGUCUGCUUCAAAACUUUCCACCGUCUUUGUUACCCUCGACGAAGGCUUCCGGUUGUUCAACAGUGAUCUCGAUAAGCUACAGCAAUUCAUCGAGAUCAAUCAAACGGCCUUUUCGAAGAUCCUCAAGAAGUGGGACAAAACAUCAAAAUCACGUACGAAGGAGCUGUAUCUCUCAAGAGCUGUAGAGAUCCAGCCUUGCUUCAAUCGAGAUGUCAUCAGAGAUCUUUCUGAUCAAGCUACCUCGAGUCUGCUCGAACUUGGUGCGUGGGCCGAGGGCGAGAAGAUUGAAUAUGUUCCCAGUGGCGACCAACAGCAAAGGCCUCAAGCAGGAGCGCAAGAAGAUAACGACAUCGAGAUGCAGAUGCAACAGGCGGUCAACACUGGCAACGUGACACUAAUCAUGGAAUGGAUCUCAAGACUUGGAUCUACAGAUGAAGCACGAGAGCGUGUCAACCGCAUCUUCCUCAGUACAGUCAACGACGCACCGCUCGAAAUGCAGAAGACUUUACUGGAGACGAAUCUGGUCGACCUAAGCUACGUGGAUGAGAUUAACGAACGUACUUGUUUACACGAGCUGGCAAUCUCAGGAAGAGUACACAGUCUGACGAUGGUUCUUGAGCGUGGAGCAAAUACCACCGCAACAGAUAUCUACGGCCGUAUUCCGCUGCAUUACGCCUGUAUGCGUGGUCAUGUAGAGGUGAUCAAGGAUCUGGUCAAAUACGAUUCGGCUCACUCAAUGCAGGGUAUUGAAAGCACUUCCCCGAAUGCCGCACCUGUUGCCGAAAGUGUCGACUACAAGGACUUGGACAACUUCACACCCCUGAUCCAUGGCAUCGUCCAUGCUCGUUUUGCCGCGGUGCAAGCAGUCCUGGAACUGGGAGCUCGUGUCGACCCAAGUGGCGAGGCUGAUCACAUUCCUAUCAACCUUGCUUGUCAGUAUGGUUCGGUCGCGAUCGUCGAUCUCCUUCUACAAUACCACCCACAAAUUUUGCCAGACGCCGAGGGUCUGUACCCGCAGCAUCUUGUUCCUAGAUCAGGCCGCAGCCCGCAGAUUCUGGAGAUGCUGAAAAACUACGGAGCCAAUCUGGAUCAGCCGGACAAGCUGUACCAAUGGACUCCGCUCUUCCAUGCUGCGAGCGAAGGCCACCUCUCAUGCCUUCAAUCGCUACUUGAGCUGGGUGUAGACGUUGAUGCGCUGGACGAGAAAGAUCUUUCUGCCAUGUACUACGCUGCAUGGGAGGGUCAUCUUGACUGUCUGCGACUGCUAGAGAAAGCAGGACAUGGCAGAGGCAUCGCUCGUGAGGAGCCAGCGGCAGCCCCUGCCACUUUCCAGUCCAUCCUCAGUUCAAGCGCACCGAUUCCCGCAAGCGCCGACAUGGAAGCUAUUCCCGAUCUCUCUUUGCCUCCGCCCAUCAUUCCUCUCAGACGCUACGGACACAACUUCCUUGACACUACAAAAACAUUCAUCGUCAUCAGCUUUGAUUCACAAGAUUCGGAUGCAAUUGAAUUCUACGGCGAUAACAAGUACCCUGCUGCGAGAUUGACGAUAUCAUCCAAGUCUUCAGAUCUCAUCCCACGCAACAUUCCCCUACCGAUACAAGACGAAUUCAAGGUCAUCUCGUUCCAAAUCGACAACCUCGAUACCUUCUCAAUCGAUUUCGACAUUUUCCCAACUUUCGGCUCAAAGGUAAUUGCUAGAGGCGCAGCAUCAUCGCUUGUGUUCUCUAGUAGAUACAGCAGCUCUGGCAACUGGCACUUGGAGCUGUUUGACCCCAGGCUCCGAGCUAUCGGCCGUAUCAGCUUCAAGUACCAGGUGGUCACGCCAUUCCAUGGAAUCCCUAUGGAGAUUACACAAUUCGCUACCUACUGGAAGGCGACAAGCCAGAUCAGCUCGCAGCCAAACGCGCUGAUCACCGGCUCAAGUUUGAGUGGAGACUACAUGCGUAUCUUUGUACAGGCAACCAAGGACGGCGUGCCAGUCCUCUACCCCUCAUGGGCCAUUCCAUCGACGCUCGCCUCAUACGGUGUGAGGAACGACCUGAUUAGUCGAUUGACUUACGAGCAGUUUUCCGCAAUUGGCAAAGCAAACGGCAAAGGACCUGAAAGCUUGAGGGCUCUGCUUCAAUCACAUCCUGACCAAUUGGCAAAGAGACUCGCGACGUCCUGGACCUCCCUACAUGACGUUCUUGAGAUUCUGCCUCCACAGAUGCACCUGGACGUGCACAUGCUCUUCCCAACCAAGGCGGAAGAAGAGCUAUUGCAACUCGGACCAACAGGCAAUAUCAAUGAGUUUGUGGAUGCCUCGUUGAAGGAGGUAUUCGACCACGCCAGCCGACUGAGAGGAGCCAACGAAGGAUUCAUCAGAUCAAUCGUCUUCUCGUCGUAUAAUGCAAACAUCUGCACAGCACUCAACUGGAAACAGCCCAACUAUCCCGUGCUCUUGUGCAACGACCUCGGCAUCGAGCAGGCAAUGUCUGAAGAGGCAGAAUGGCCAGUGUACAGCAGUGGCCGUACCACAACAUCUGUCAAGGAGGCAGUGAGAAUCGCACAGAGCAACAACUUCAUGGGACUGAUGUGCAGCUCGAGAUUACUGGAGCUGGUACCGGCAUUGAUCGAGUCUGUCAAGACGGCAGGAUUGGUGCUGAUCGCAGACGUGACCAACUCAACAACGCAGGAGCAAGUUGCAAGAGCAUCCUUCGACGCACUGCCGGACGAGGUGGACGGAUACCUCGACAACAAUGCAGUGCUUCGAUUCCACGAAAGCAUCGACAUGUAAAGACAAGCUAUAGAUAUGGGCGGAAGGUUAUCACAGGGAGCAUGGAAGAUGAUUGAUGAUGGAUAAUCAGGUUCUGCAAGAAGCAUAGAAAAAUCAAGCACCUUUGUAAUUGUACUUGAGGCGUUCCAGACUCGCGACGUCGAGUGGGACCAGUUGAGAGCGAGCGUACAUUGUGACGAGGAAAAUGGCUGGGGAAGCAUAGUCAGCACACGAUCAAAAGGAGUGACGAAUAG